AUGCGGCAAGUGACAUUCUUGCCGCUCCUCCGCGCUUCUUCAGACCGCUACUCUGAAUAUCGAUCCAGAACAGGAUGCAAGAUCCUGCCGGUCAAACGCCUCGCUGCGCGACACCCUUUGUGUACUUCUUCCUUUGUCAGACACCAUGUCUGUGGACACACAAAGACCCUGGAGAAACAAACUCGAACACAAUGUCUCCGUACUUUGUGCUCCAGAAUCAAAGCAUCACGAUCAAGGUAUGAGGCCCGAGUAGUCCAGAUCCUUCGAAGAGAGUCUUUAUAA